UUAUAAAAUGUAACCAAUAAAAUUAAUUGGUGUAUUUUAUUUUGAAAUUUUUCUCUCGGAAUAGCAAUUUAUAAUAUAUAUAAUAUAUAUUUAAAUAUUCAUUUUACUAAUUGCAAAAUUCGGAAAUUGGUAUAGUGGGCCGGGUUUUACCACAAGCAGUCCGGAAUUUCACAGAACCCGACCUCCACUACUUGUAUCGUUGUCUCCAGAAAGUUGCAGUCUUUAAACCCAAAACCCUCUCUUCCUCUCACUCUAUCACUCCGACCAGCCGUCGUCUACCGGAUUGGUUGGAAAAUAUGAUAAAAAGGAGAUUCUAUAGGCAAGAACAUGGGGAUAAAGAUGAACCAUCUUCGAGCUCAUCUUCGUCUUCUGAUGAUGAUAAUAUUUCUGAAGCUGAAGGAGGGGCCACAGAGGAAUCAGACGAUCAUGCUGAAGUUGCAAAUGUUAAUGAAAAUGACGAUGAAUCAUCUGGAUAUGAGAGUGAGGAUAGCUCAGCAGAAGAAAUUGGUGUUGACUCAUCAGGUUUUACAAAUGAAGACGGAAGUGACAAGGAAAUCCAUAUUGGUUCUCAGUUAUCCAAUAAGCAUGAUGCUUUGGGCAAGAAGGAAUUAGAACCAGCAAGUAUGGAGGAUUUUGUAUUAAGAUUUAAAUCAGUUUAUAAGUGUCGGCUUUGCCCUCGAAUUGUCUGUUUGACUGAGGAGACUAUGAAGACUCACCUAAAUUCUAAGAGACAUGUUCGAUCUGAGAAGUUGCUGAAGGAAAAUAGGCUCAAGGCCAUGCUCAACAGUGAUGGGGAAAUUGAGAAUCAGGAAACCCCUGCGGAGAUGCAUGCUCGUGUUAUGGCUCUUGCACAGCAUAAAGCAAAAAAGAAAAAUAAAGGGCGGCAACGGCAAAAAAAGAGAUCAAGAAAGAAGGAAGGGGGAGAUGUUUCAAAUACAGAGAAAGUGAAGGAACCAAUAAAAAAACAAGCCAAGAAAAGGCGUAAAAGUGAUGACUGAUGAGUGUUAUAUUCCUGUUUCAUGCACUACUGCCCGAAAAAGGGGGGAACCUUGCAAUGGUGAAGAAAAAAGUGAAAUGUAGUGCUUGCCACCAAGGGCAUAUUUUGUAGUUUCUGAAUCAUAGUAUGAUAAAUUCAAAGGUUUCGCUUUUUGCUUUUCUCACAAAGUGUAUUUUUGUUUCACUAAUUAUGAGUAUACAAUUUUAUAUUUAUGUUUUGAAUUUACAAUUUGCAUUA